AAGAACCGUAAAUUAAGAGAGGUAUAAAAGCAGAAAAUUCCCGUCACAUAAUAGAAAGAAUCAGAUUUGUAUGUAGGCUACACCCUGCUGCGCAGUCGGGUCAGAGCUGGAACACAUCCACACAACUUUUUGCAGAGUCAUCGGGACAGACACGCACCUCCGCUCCGGGUCCGCUUAUCUCCAUCGUGAGCCCGGGCAGCACUGAGAUGUCAGGCGCGAUGAAAGAUGAACCGAGAUCAGCCAGUGAAUGUCAGAGGACUGAAAUGAUCCACGUUGCGGUUAAAAGUCUCACGGAGAGCAAAGACUUCACCGUCCGAGGAGACUGCACCGUCAGACAGCUAAAAUGGGGUCUGUCAGAUCGCCUGGGAGCCUCAGCAGAGCAGCUGGUGCUGAUCCAGUCCGGCCGGGUCCUCAGAGAGUCAGAGAUCCUGAGUCACCUUAAAGGGCAGAAUGAGUCAGUCAGCCUCUGCAUGAUCCGAAGGCCCCAGCGUUCCUCUGCUGCACCCACCAGUGAUCCAGCUUCAGAGACGGUCCAAUCAGGGCUCACGGAUGUUCUCGACUCUGAUCAUGAUAUCCUCACACCAUCUCCCACCUCUCCCCUCUGCCUGGUGCAAGGACUGGACAGUCUUGGCCUAACAAACAGUGGGCCUGGAUUCUUCCCUGCACUCCAACGCCAGAUGGAGAAGCAGCUGUUGGCUGACCCAGAGAUGAUGCACUCUGUUCUGUGCAGCCCCCUCGUGCAGAGCACCCUCUCCACCUCCAGCCCCCAAAUAACCAGACAGCUCAUUCUGUCCAAUCCCCAAGUUCAGCAGCUCCUAGAAACAAACCCAGAGGUGGGAGACAUGAUAAACAACACAGACAUCAUCACACAGGUGCUGGAACUCGUCAGGAAUCCUGACCUGAUAGAGGAAGUGAUGCGUAAUGAAGACAGAGCAUUAGACAAUGAAACCAUCAGUGAUAACUCGGAUGGACCUCAGAAGACUGAGACCCAGACAGGAGUACCCCCAGCGGUGACUGCAUCAUCUGGGAUUCGACAGACACCAAUAAGAGAAAGAGACCAGACACCUCCAUCCUUCAGUCACUCCACAGAUCCUCUCAGAGAACUGACUGCCUCGCCCACAGCUGAUCCAAACUCUCAGAGUACUAAUACUGCAGGCAUGCAGUCACUGCUGGAGGAGAUCACAGCCAGUCCAGGUCUGAUGGAGAACCUGCUGUCUGGGCCGUACGUCAGCAGCCUUCUGAACUGCCUCAGCCAGAACCCUGACUUGGCUGCACAGAUACUGCUGAGCCACCCUUUGUUCUCAGGGAAUCCUCAGCUGCAGCAGCAGAUGAGACAGCAGCUCCCUCUCUUCCUGCAACAGAUGCAGAAUCCGGAGCUGCUCACAGCCAUGUUGAACCCCAGAGCCAUGGAGGCUGUGCUACAGAUCCAGCACGGCCUACAGACUCUGGCUGCAGAGGCUCCCGUCCUCAUACCUGCGACUGGACUUGGAAACACUGGGGCCAAUGUUAAUAUUGCCCCUGAGUUUGUGUCUGACUCUGCACCGAACAGCCAAUCAGGAAAUGGUCCUCAGGUUGCCACGGUGACAGAGCAGCAGCAGCAGUUUGUGCAACAGAUGCUACAGGCACUGGCUAACACCAAUAAUGUGGUCCAUCAUGAGGAGGCUGAGUUCCAGGAGGAGCUGGAGCACCUGAGCUCAAUGGGCUUCAGAGACAGACAGGCAAACCUUCAGGCCCUCAUCAGCACAGGAGGAGACCUCAACACUGCUAUACAACAUCUGCUUGGUCUCUGACACACACACACACACACACACACGCACACAAGCACGCACACACACACACACACACACACACACACACACACACAGAUUCUGUGCACAUAAACAUACAUAAGUGAAUGCACAGGUACUAACAUUUGCAGACACUUAUCAUUAUCAACAAUUACAAAGUGCUUUACAAAAAUCAAACAGUAAAGACAUGCAAGCCAUAUUUAUAUUGCUGCACUUUCAAAGACAUACUUAUAUUCAUUCCUUAACUUCACAUACUAACCUCUGUCUGCAGUAGUAGUAGUGGCGCUGUAGUAAAAGAUAUUCAGUCUUGGCAUCACAGUCACCUUCACUAUACUGUGCUGUACACUUGUUUUUCCUUAUCUGAAUUGAAGCUCUAAGGAUAGUGGAUGCCAUAUGGUGACCAGAUCUUAAAGCCCCUUGAGGCAAAUAUGUGGCUUUGGGCUGUAUAAAUACAUUUAAUACAUACAUAAAAACAUAAUACAUAAUACACAUGAAUUUAUUUGGGUUUUUAUGAAGUGAAAACUGAGAAAACAUAAACACCUUCCAUUUUGUCCUUCCAGAGUGAACGCUUUGAGUUAAUAUUAAGGUAGAAACAAAAGACUACAAUCAUUGUCACUGUAUCAGUGACAUGCACUGGUGCAGGUCAGUACAGGUACUUAAAUCCACCUCACAUACCUUAUACUUGUAGCAAUUGCAUAAAUAUUCAGAGGUAGGUCAUGUAUUAUUAAUCUCUGUGCAGACGCACUAUGAACCUCAGGCCUCUUUUCACUCUACCACCUGGACAACUGAGUCCAAUGAAAGCUUUUAACACCCAGAGACAGUCAGAUGUCCUGGAAGCUCACGGCAGAUUCACACUCUCAGAUUGAACCAGGAGCAUCUUCUGUUGAGUGCUGUUUUCCUGAUCUCCCUUGCUGCUCUUGUAUCUUGUCCACCACAGGCUGUGCAGACGGCAAGCACACCAGAUUAUUCUAAAGUUUGUCUCCAAAAGUAGACUCAGCUCCAAAAGAUGUGUUUAAAAAUGCAGAGGUGGACUUUGUGCAAAAGCAAGAAGUGUUUGAAUGUCAUUGUUUAUCUUGAGGAGACACAGGCACAGAAACUCAGAUUUGCAGGACUAAUCUUCUCAACAACAUUCUCACAGACAUGAAAAAAAUGUCCAGAACUUAAAAAAAUAAUGACAACAGAAUUUAUGAUGAUAAUAAUGAAUAUUUUACUUUGCAUACGUGAGCCACUUCUUUGAAAACCUUUGUGCCUAACUAUUUUCCACUGCACUGACUGGUAAUGCCUGGGAUUUGAUGUUCUUUCCUUUAGCUUUUCUUCAAUUUAGCUGAAAUGCACCAUGCUACAGGAGUGUGUCAUAUGGAGCAGGUGCAUUUUGUAUCCCUCUGGAUGUAACUAAACAACAACUGAGCAACAUACUGUCACUCAUCUUGCUGACCUGUGGAUGCUGAUGUAAUAAGUAAAAGGUGUUGAAUGCCACUCUGUUAUUUACUUUUUCUUUCAGUGUCUUUUUUAGUCUGUCAAAACAAUUCUGUCGUCUUUCAAUCAUGUAAAUAUGCAGUGGUUGUAAUACAGAUGUUCUACAUUAGGGUUAUCAAUACAAUUAAUUCAACAGCAGUUUUUUAGGACUUCUGCAAAUGAUUAUAUCCAUCAUUAAUUAAUCUGUCGAUGUUUUUCUUCUACAAGUAAUAUAUUAAUCAUUUAGGCUAUAAAAUGUCAGUAAAUAGGAAAAAUAUCUAUCACAACUUCCUAGAACCCAGCUUCAUAUUACCCGUUUUGUUCAGCUAGUAGACCGACAUCCAGAAGAUGUUCAGGUUACACUUAUAUCAAAUAGAAUAGGAGCAACUCCUCCCAUUUGCGAAGCUGUAAACACAAUGAUGUACCCAGAGUUGGUGUAGAGGUCACAGAGCAUAACCUGACAGUUUCAAUAAAGACAUAAGUCAAACACAAACUGGCAUACUCAUUUAUAAUACAAUAACUAAAAAUCUUAUUAUUUUUCAUAUACAUAAGUUACCACGCUACUCCCUCUGCUAAUAAUAUCUAAGCUUGAACUUUUCCACUAUAAACACCAGGGGGCAGUUACACCUAACUUUUUUUCAGUUAUGUCAGCUAUUUUGGUUUGUACAGCUGGAAUUAUGCAGCAACAAAACAUUUUUGACGUUGCCUUUUUCUAGGAUAAUUUGUUAUUAUUCUCGUUUACCUUCAGUGCAAAGUAUGAGAUUGAAAUCUGUAUCUACAUGUUGACAUCAGCAGUGUUGUUGAGCACUGAUGAUCUGACAUACCAACUGGCAAAACUGUUAUGUAAUGUACUUAUUGAAACUAAUACCUCACAAUCACAAAGUCAUAUUUAGAGGUGAUUUUCAGCUACUAAUGUGACUGAUAAGAUACGGAUGUGUGGACAGUUGUGUGAGGGUUUCUGUCUGUUUUCUAUUGCUGCUUUAGUGUCCUCUCUCUCAGAGAGCUAGUGGAUUACAGACAAACAAGCACUACGACAUCAGAUACGUGUGUAUGUGAUCCACUUGACAACCUGUGUGCGUAUGUCUGUUGCUGCCAGACUGAGGGGGUUUUAAUCUCCACUAGUGUGUGUGUGUUGCAGUGUGUGUGCGCCGGUUCGUCUGGAUGUGUGAGAUAUGAGAGUAGCCAAGGGGGUUUUUCUGGAUUAGAAGCUCCUAAAAUAUUCGGGUUGAGGUUUGAAGAUGAGUCACACCACAAAAACAGCUCUACAGUGCUGAGUGGAGAUGUGUGUGUGUGUGUGUGUGUGUGUGUGUGUGUGUGUGUGUGUGUGUGUGUGUGUGUGUGUGUGUGUGUGUGUGUGUGUGUGUGUGUGUGUGUGUGUGUGUGUGUGUGUGUGUGAACAUCCAGUUCAUGGACACAUGCGUGUGUUUUCUGAAGAUGCUUACAGAUCAGGAAACAGGGCUCACAAAGCCUUGACCUGAUCUGACCUUUUAUAUGUUAUGACUCUAUUGUCAGAAGAAACCUGCCUCACAGUGAUGUGUAGCAGUGAUUGUGUUCAAUCCAAACCCCCUUAAUCGUUUGACUUUAUCGUGCUCAGUGUGAAGAUUGUGCUGUAAGAUUGGUUGGUGCAUUUGGUGUCAGAGCAUGAAAGUUAGUUUGACAGAUUGAAUGAUAUCAUAAAAGCAAUUUCUUGCUUCUAAACCAACCCAUUCACUGAUGCAGAGUUGUCAGGAACUUCAGCAAAGCUACAAAAUGUUUUACAAGGCUAUUUAAGAACAGGUGAGAAACCUGUAAUGUUGAAGGUAAAAUGGAAAAGAUCACACAAAGUCAUUUAAACCCAGUGUUAAAAUCCGUGUUAGGUGAAGCAGAAGUGGUGAGUCAAUACAGUUGGUGGCAGAGACAUAUGUGCUUCCACAGGCUGUGGAUUCUCCUUUUCACCAGUUAGCUUUCCUCUAAACCGACCCGAGACAAAGUUAUACAAACAUAUAAAUUAACUUUCUGUAUAUCUGAAGUGAUAAGUCGAUAAAUCUGUUACACAACAUAAAAAUUAAUCGUCAGCUUAUUUGAAAUUGAUACAGUUUUUCAAGCAAAACCGAGAUAACAUUUCCAGAGAUAAAUUUCCGCUUCUGGAUUGAGAAGAUUUUAUUUGUGAUUAAACUGAAUAUCUUUGGGUUGGCUUCAGAAAGUUUGACAGACAAAUCAAAAAAAAGAAUGUACACUCACAGUUUGCAUUGCAAUGCAUUUAGUUCAACUAUUAAAGAUCAGUUUUUCACCAUUUGCUGAUAUUUUAUAGACCAAAAGGUUCAUCAGUAAACCAAGAAAAAAAACAGGCAAAUUAAUCAUUACUGAAAAUUACUAUUAGUUGCAGCCAAAAGCCAAUUUUCCUCUGUAAAUGUUGCCCGUCUGUUACAAACUGUAACAAAAUUCAUACAAGCUCAUCUUAUCAGUAAAGACCUUUAUAUGUGUUUAUAUGUGCAUGGUCAGGUUCAUUUUCUUUUAAAACGUGUUUGCCUUUUGUUCUUUUGGAUUAAAAAUGUUCCCUUGGUAUUUGUCCAUUAUAAUGCCGUCAAAGAUAUAAGACGAUAUUAGACAACAAAAUUACUGUGAAAACACUGAAUCUUCAUAGUGCAAACUUUUACAAUACUUCCACAAACCUCUUCAUAAGAGCUAAUACCCUCUUUCUCUCUUCAGCUGCACAGGUGGACCUUUUUUCUUUGUGGCAAAUUAUAU